AAUCGUUCAAAAAAUGACUACAAUCUAACAAAGAACGCAAGUAAAUUUUACAAGUUCACUUCAUAUUUCUAACAAAAGCUGAGAAAAUGAUCUGUCUCGGUGAGCAAUGAAGACAGCAAGUCAAUCUUGUCGAGUAUUCAUAACUUAAAUUAGCUUAAUUAGAAAUCAUGUUUCAAGUGGCUUUCUAGCUGAUUCAAGAAGUUUAUCGAAACCUUUCAUUCAUUCUCAAUUAUUUGAGCUCACUAGAACGUGAAACAUCAUCAUCACCGUACGUUUUCCAACAUCUUCGAUUCGAAGGUGCGACCGAUAAUAUUCUUUUCGAUUCUAAUUGCAAGUGAGAAAAGCCUAAAGCAGCCAUAUUUUUCUCGAUUCUGAGAUUAGUCCAAACUGCGCUGAUAAUGCCGAGCGACCAAAUUUCCAGAUUUAUUCGUAAGAAUGACCAACAACCUGUAAUACUUAACGCUCCAAAACAGAUACCGACCGAUAGAAAAAGGGAUCCAAACUCUAUCGAGGAGAAAUCUAGGAAAUUCCACUAUCACAUGCACCAAGCACUUAUGCAGGAACACAAAGUGAAAAUAGCACAUGUGAUCCAAAAGGACACGGAACCCACUCAACAGACCACUAUAGUCGCAUCGGAGGCUGAAAAAGUGUCUCCACCGAAGUUCGCAAUGGGCAUGAAAAAGAGGAGGGACAGGAAUCCUCCAAUCGUGGUUGAAGUGAUGGUGAAAGACACUUCGAAAGAGGGCAGAGCAAAUGCCAGGAACAGUUCGGAGCAAUACAACCCCAUAGAAUGGUGUCUCAAAUGUUACACGAGUGCCCUGUCCAACAGCAUCUUGUGGACUGAACGGGAAGUUCACUCUUGUUCGAUGCUCAGUCCCUCAAAAAAACAACAUCUCCGCCAAUUGAGCAACCUAGCCCAAAUUAUAGACGGCCACGUACUCCAGUCUGCGACUUACAAAGAAGAUAUCUUCAGCAAAACUCAAACAAAAGAUAGCAAAGAUGAUCGAAUUGGGAAAUGUGUCAACUUUCAACUUCCGGCCACUUUUAGUGACUACGUACCAAAACCAGAAUCAGAUAAACGGUCCAACCUUGACCGAGAUUUAUCUUACAUAAUUAACGGUUUCUACAAAGUUCCACCUCGCACACCUGCAACGCCCGCCCCUCUGCCAAACCCGUUCGUGAAGAAACACCAUGAUGAUUCGCGGUCGCCUCGAGAAGGGGAGAGGGGUCGAUUUAUGGACAGAAAAGCAAGAGACCAAGUCCGAUUUUUCAGAGCGAACUCAAAAAUGAAGAGUGCCAGUCGCAUCAACGACCAAAACAAACCCGCAGUUAGGAAGUUAAGUGAGCAUAGUCAACAAACCCGGAAAAACAGCCGACAGACUCAGAAAAACUCUCUUGGAUAAAAUACCAUAUAAAGUACUUUGGCUCCUUUGCUUCCCCACAUUUAUACUUAAUUUUCAUUCAGUUAAUUUAACGUUGUCAUUAUACAAGGACA